UCGUAGAGACAAACAUGGCGGCGGCGGCCCUCUCCAAAACCCUUGGCCGCCGGCUGCGCGGCAGCGGGCACCGCCUCCUCCCCUCGCGGCCCUGCACUUCCCACGCGGUCCAGCCACCACCUCCGCCCGCCGCCGCACCGCCAUCCCCAGGGGCAGGGACGGAGGCGAGCGCGUGGUCGAAGCUCUUCCUCUUCGCCCCCGGCGCCAUCACCUUCGGCCUCGGCACAUGGCAGCUCUUCCGGAGGCAGGAGAAGAAAGAGAUGCUGGAUUACAGGACGCGGAGGCUGGAGAUGGAGCCCGUACCGUGGAACGAGACCGUCUCCUCUGCUGCCUUGCGUGAUCCCGCCGAGCUGGAGUUCCGGAAAGUCGUGUGUGAGGGUGAUUUCGACGAGGAGAAGUCGGUGUUCAUCGGGCCUCGCUCCCGGAGCAUCUCCGGUGUGACAGAAAACGGGUACUAUGUGAUCACUCCGUUGAAACCUCGGCUGACUGAGCCUGGCAGUUUGCAGUUACCUAUCCUUGUGAAUAGAGGGUGGGUUCCUCGUGGCUGGCGCGAAAAAAACAUACGGGAUCACCAGGAUUUUGGUGAAACUUUAGAUGUGAAAGAAGCCGACGAAAAGACAGAUGAAAAGGGUACUUGGUGGAAAUUCUGGUCUAAGAAGCCUGAAGUUUCUCCAGAGAUUGAAAAACCUGUAAAGCCUCCUGUAAGAGUUAUUGGAGUAAUCCGAGGAAGUGAGAACCCCAGCAUAUUUGUUCCACCUAAUGAACCGAUGAAUGGCCAGUGGUUUUACGUGGAUAUUCCCAUGAUCGCACGUGCCUGUGGACUCCCUGAGAACACUGUUUACAUAGAAGAUGUGAAUGAAGAUAUCUCUGCAACUAAUCCUUAUCCUCUUCCAAAAGAUGUCAAUGGUUUGAUUCAUCACUCAGUGAUGCCAGAUGACCAUCUGAAAUACACCUUUACAUGGUACACUCUUUCUGCUGCUGUGACUUACAUGGCUUCAAAGCGGAUAAAGCCAAAGAAGAUGAGGCUAUAGCAGGACUGGAGUCUGAUAACGAUCUUGCCUGCAUCGUGUGCUUAUUUAUGAAGCUCAACUUCCUGCUGAUGAACAAACGUGUGCAAGUAUUACGUAUGUAAUCUCUGGCAGCAGUUAGACAAUUAUUUCCGCAUUUGAUAUCCGCAGGAGUCAGCUGGCUCGGACAAUACAGAGCUACAGAAGUUUGGGUAGCCUACCAUCCUCGGAAAGGAAGACAUUGCUGAAGUUCUUUGUAGGCGUGUUUAUUUUUUUGGGUUUUUCUUUUUGGGGAUUGCCCACAGGCCACAGAUAGCCGAUGUGUAGGGUUGGCCCAUUAUUAACUUUAAAACGACAAGUCAUUUUCGAUCACCAGAAG